GAUUCUCUUCGGCAGUAUUAUCUUGAUUUGUGAAAUUCUAUUUAGGGGGACAAAAAUUUAUAAAAACAAAAAAAAAGAAAGUCCCAAAACCCCGUGUAUGUGAUGGUACUAUCUAUUCGUGUUAAAUUUAUUCAAUAGAUCUACUUUUCAUCGUGUUUAGAUUAAACUCGACAUUACAUGAAAAUAAUGUCGAAUUCUAAUUUUGCCUACUUAUUUUUAGUCAUACUUACAAUUUCAAUUUUGUCUAGAGAUCUUUCAGUCAAAUUUUAAAUUUGCCUAGUUAAAAUUAGAAUUUUAAUUCUGCCUGGUUAAAUUUAAAAUCUGCCUGGUCAUAAUUAAAAUUUUAAUUUUGCCUAGCGAAUCUCUAGUCAAAAUUAGAAUUUUAGUUUUGCCUACGCAGAAUUAAAAUUUUAAUUUUGCCUAGGCAGAUUUUAAAUUUGACUGAAUUUUAAGUUUGCCUGCAACAUAUACAUCAUACAUCCAUUUAUCUCAUUCUAAUUUUCUUCUUUUUCUAUAUCUUGAUAUUAUACAGACAGGAAAGUAGUCAAACAGUUUAUGUGCAUAAACGAUGUCAAGUUACUCGAAGUACUCGAACACAAUGUCAGUAUUGUAGACAUCAAAAAUGUAUUGAAGUUGGAAUGAAAACAAAUGGUAGAGUUAAUAGUUUUUAUAAUACUGUAAUUAAUCAUACGUAGGAUUUUCUUUUUCUUUUAGAGGAAAGUCCAAAUCCAAAAAUUGAAGAUAUUUUUAAACAAAUUCUAUGUGCACGUUGUAAUGCUCCAUCUUCCGGAAUACAUUUUGGUGCUACAACUUGCGAAGGAUGCAAGAGAUUUUUUCGGCGUACUAUAAAAGAACGUACACCACAACGUUACAAGUGUUUAGAGUCGAAUAAUUGUGAAAUUAAUACAUCAACAAGAAAUAUGAGUCGUGCAUGUCGAUUUCAAAAAUGUGUUAAUGGUGGAAUGAGUAUCGAGGGCUGUCGAAUUGGUCGACAAAGUAUUUGUUUAAACAAAAAAUGCUAA